GGGAUUCUCUCUCCUUUAUUUCAACCAGCGGAAGCAACACAUACAAUACAACACCAACAACACAACACAACACAACACAAAACCAUCAUCGUCAUCAUCAUCAGCCGAAGGAGUCAAACCGCUCUCUCUCUCUCUCUCUAUUUAUGCAUCUAUGCAAGCGAUUCGAUAGGUUUUCCAAUCGCUAAUCUCUCGAGGCGACGACAUGUGUAUUCGAAUCUCAAGAUUUCUCUCGUUUUCCGCGAAAGCACGCAGCCUUUUUCCCUCCAAAACUCUAGCUUCGCCUUCUGCCGGGGGAAAGCUUGCCGUGCCGUUCGGCUAUAUUGGGAGUCUUCGGGUUCUGCCUCCAUUGAGCUGAUUCGAUCGUUUAUUAGGGUUUUGAUCCUCGAGGUGCCUAUGAUGUUACUCGUGAAACCGUUUGAUGCUUUGAUUGGGCUGAGCAUGGCCUCAUUGCGGUCUGGGGUCCUGGCUUAUUUGGUCCUAACAAGCUAAUUAACAAGUAGAGUGGCCAAAUGAAUCUUAUCUUGUCAUCAAGUUUCUCUUGCAUAGGAUCUUAUAGUGCCUGAUAUUGGAGGAAUUAUGCUGGUAAUAGUUGGGAAAAAUGCAAAGGUAUCAUCCUACCAGCUGCACUAGUGCAGUAAAUAACAGUGGAAUUGGUGGGGCAUCAGCCAGGGAUACAUCCCGAGCCGACUCCUCUUCGUUUCCGGCUAACUUCUCCCUAAAUCAAAGGCGAUCAGCACAACUGAUCCCCUACAAAUUGAAGUGUGAUAAGGAGCAUUUGAAUUCCCGACUUGGACCACCUGACUUCCACCCACAGGCGCCAAAUUGCCCUGAGGAAACUCUAACCAGGGAAUAUGUGCAAUCUGGCUAUAGAGAGACUGUUGAGGGACUUGAGGAAGCUAGAGAGAUUAUAUUAACUCAGGUUCCAAGUUUCACGAAACCCAUUAUCUUGAAGUGUAAAGAGGCAAUAAGAAAAUGUCACAGGGCUAUCAAUGAAACACGCGCUCAAAAGCGCAAGGCAGGUCAAGUUUAUGGUGUGCCUCUCUCUGGUGCACUUUUAACAAAACCUGGUGUCUUUCCUGAACAAAGACCAUGUGGAGAAGACUUCCGAAGGAGAUGGAUUGAGGGUUUAUCACAAUCCCAUAAGCGACUGCGUUCUUUGGCCGAUCACGUUCCGCAUGGCUAUAGGAAAAGAUCCCUCUUUGAAGUUCUUAUUAGGAAUAAUGUCCCACUACUGAGAGCAACAUGGUUUAUCAAAGUAACUUAUCUUAAUCAGGUUCGGCCUGCCGUGGGUAGUAUAUCUUCUGGAGGGCCAGACAAAACUCAAUUACCCCGCAUGGACCAGUGGACAAAAGACAUUAUUGAUUACUUGCAAUAUCUACUUGAUGAGUUUGUCUCUAAAAAUGGUCCUUAUUCUAGUGCACAUGUUAGGGAUAGGUCUGCACAGAUUGCUUAUGGUGGGCCAUUGCAGCACAAGAGCGACCCUGCAUCAGGACUUAUUGAUGGUGAAGAGCCUUCUCUGUAUUUUAAAUGGUGGUAUGUGGUGCGGAUUUUACAGUGGCACCAUGCAGAAGGGCUGCUUCUUCCAUCACUUGUUAUUGAUUGGGUUAUUAAUCAACUACAGGAAAAAGAUUUGCUUGGGACAUUGCAGUUGCUAUUGCCUAUCCUAUUUGGCGUUAUAGAAUCUGUUGUGUUAUCGCAGACUUAUGUGCGGAUUGUUGUUAAAUUAGCUGUUCAUUUCAUCCAGGAAUCUUCUUCAGGUGGUUCUGAUCUUGUAGAUAACUCUAGGAGAGCAUACACUAUGUCUGCUCUAGUUGAGAUGCUUCGGUACAUGAUACUGGCUGUGCCUGAUACCUUUGUUGCUUUGGAUUGCUUUCCUUUGCCACCUUGUGUGGCAUCUCAUGCAAUUAACGAUGGGAAUUUCUUGUCGAAGGUAUCUUAUUGUGCUCCAAAGAUGAAUAAUGGUUCUGCAGAAGUAGGUCCUCUGCCUAAAGACAAAGCACUUGAACCUCAGCAUCAGUUCAUAUCUAUUGAUUCUGUUGUUUUAUCAAUAAGGAAACUUUGGGACAAUCUUGCUAUAGCAGCAAGGCCUGGCUAUCCAAGUCGCAAUUUUGCAAAAGUUGUACAGGAGUUAGAUAAGUCACUUAUACAGGGAGAUGUGAGGAUGCCAUAUGGUUUUCUGUUUGAAGAUCUUUGUGAUGGAGCUGUUGAUGAAAGAUGGGUGGCAGAAGUCAGCCCAUGCUUGAGGUCAUCUUUGAAGUGGAUUAGAACAGUAAGCUCAUCAUUUAUUUGCUCUGUGUUUUUCCUUUGCGAGUGGGCAACAUGUGAUUUCCGUGAUUUUCGAACCUCUCCACCCCAUGGCAUGAAGUUUACUGGGAGGAAAGAUUUUUCUCAAGUAUACCUUGCAAUUCGGCUUUUAAAGCUAAAGAUGAGAGAGAUGCAAAGAGGUUCAAGUCAGCUGAAUAACUCUUCUGUUAGGAACUUUGUGGGAACUAAUAACGAACAUAAAAGUAAGUCAAGGAGCAUGGUUAGAAGUAAAGGGUCAUCAAAUAUUUUUGAAAGCCCUGGUCCAUUACAUGAUAUUAUGGUGUGCUGGAUUGAUCAGCAUGACGUCCAGCAGGUGGAAGGUUUCAAGCGUCUUCAACUCCUGGUUAUUGAGCUCACUAGUUGUGGCAUUUUUUAUCCUCAGGCAUACGUGAGACAACUGAUUGUUAGUGGAAUUAUGGAUCUGGUUGAUACUGAUAGAAGGAAAAGGCACUACAAAAUCGUGAAGCAGUUGCCUGGUCCCUAUGUUCGUAGAGCUUUAGAAGAGGCACAACUUGCUGAGAUGCCAGUGCUUUUGGAGGCCAUGAAUGUUUAUUCAAAUGAACGUCGCCUUCUGCUUCAUGGGCUCAUUGAUCAUCAGAAGAACCCAAGGACUGCGAAUAUUUCAUCUAAGAAACAAAAGCAUAGUAAUAUCCCUGGUAGGGAUGGUGCUGUUGAUCAGUGGAGAAUUUUUCAGUCAGCACCCAACAUGUCCAGUAAAAGUUCCAAUAGACUUGCUGAUCUCGAGGAGCUAAAAGCUACUAUUUCAGUCUUAUUGCAAUUCCCAAGUUCUUCAACAUCUUCCGAUUCUGGAGUUGACGAGUCUCAAGGAAGUGUUAAGAAGCUUGGUGGGUCCAACAGCAACAGAACAGAGAUGGGCGAAGGGACACCUGGGUGUGAAGAAUGUAGAAAAGCAAAGCGACAAAAGUUAAGUGAGGAGAGGAGUUCAUACCUCCAAGGGCAUUCACCAAAUCCAUCAGAUGAUGAAGAAACCUGGUGGGCGAGAAAGGGUCCAAAACCUGUGGAGGCUUUAAGAGCAGAUCCACCUCUUAAGCAAGCUAAGCAGGCAUCAAGGGGCAGGCAAAAAGUUGUCCGUAAAACACAAAGUCUUGCCCAUUUAGCAUCUGCAAGGAUUGAAGGUAGCCAGGGAGCUUCCACUAGCCAUGUUUGUGAUAGUAGGGUAAGCUGUCCUCAUCAUAGAUCUGGUUUUGAUGGAGAAGCCACUAAAACAACUGAAGGUGUUGGAUCAGCUCACUCUGGUGAUAUUAUCUCAGUUGGAAAAAUUUUAAAGCAGCUGCGGUUUGUGGAGAAUCGGGUUAUCACUUUAUGGUUGGUUACACUGGUCAAGCAACUUGUUGAAGGUACUGAAAAGGUGUCUGCCAAAGUUGUCCAAUAUGGCAGGCCUUUUCCUUCUGUUGACGACAAGAGCUCAUUACGUUGGAAGCUUGGUGAGGAUGAGUUAUCUUCUAUACUAUAUUUAAUGGAUGUUGCUAAUGACUUGGUUUCAGCAGCCAGAUUUCUUCUUUGGUUGUUGCCUAAGGUUCUAAGUAGCCCCAAUUCUACAAUUCAUGGUGGGAGGAACAUUCUCAUGCUGCCAAGAAAUAUGGGAAGCCAUGUGUGUGAAGUAGGAGAGCCAUUUCUUUUGUCAUCCAUCCGAAGGUAUGAAAAUAUUCUUGUUGCUGCCGAUCUUCUUCCUGAAACUUUAUCAGCAAUGAUUCAGCGCUUGUCCAUCAUUAUAGAAUCUAAUGGAAGGGUUUCAGGUUCAGCAGCCUUAGCUUUUGCCAAGUACUUGUUGAAGAAAUAUGGUAGUGUAGCUAGGGUGGCUGAAUGGGAGAACAACUUCAAGGUUACAUGUGAUAAAAGGCUUAUUACUGAACUUGAAUCUGGAAGGUCACCGCAUGGAGAGUUUGGGUUUCCACUUGGAGUUCCAGCAGGAGUUGAAAAUCUUGAUGAUUUUUUACGCCAAAAGAUUACUGGCGUCCGUGCAUCUAGAGUGGGUAUGAACAUGAGAGAGACAGUGCAAAGACAAGUUGAAGAAGCUUUUCAAUAUUUCUUUGGUAAAGAGAGAAAACUAUUUGCAGCUGGUGUGAUAAAAGGAACUGCCAUUGAGAAAGGAGAUGAUGGCUAUCAAACAGCACAACAAAUUGUGAUAGGCUUAAUGGACUGCAUGAGGCAAACUGGUGGUGCUGCUCAAGAAGGGGAUCCCUCUUUGGUGUCCUCUGCUGUGUCUGCAAUUGUUAAUAGCAUUGGACCAGUUGUAGCAAAGAUGCCUGAUUUAAUUGCUAGUGGUAGCCUUCCAAAUAUUCCAUCCACUGGCUCAUGGAAUUUUGCUCGAAGAAUGUUGCGUAUCCAUAUUACCUGCCUAUGCCUUCUUAAGGAAGCACUUGGAGAACGUCAAGGUCGCGUGUUUGAGAUUGCUCUGGCAACAGAGGCUUCUUCAGCUCUUGCUCAGGCCUUGGCUUCUAGCAAAUCCCCUCAUGGGCAGUUUCAAUCUCCUGAAUCUCAUGAUUCUAAUGCAAACUUGUCAAGUGAAAUAUUGAACAGUUCGACCAAAGCAGGUUUUGGAAGGGCUGCAAAGAUUACAGCUGCUGUUUCAGCUCUUGUUAUUGGGGCAAUUCUUAAUGGAGUUGCUAGCCUGGAGAGAAUGGUAACUGUUUUCAGAUUAAAAGAAGGUUUGGAUGUUAUUCAGUUUGUUAGGAGUACGAGAACUAAUUCCAAUGGGAAUGCACGUUCAGUUGGGGCCUAUAAGGCUGAUAAAUUGGUUGAGAUCUCAGUACAUUGGUUUAGAGUGCUUGUUGGUAACUGCAGAACUGUUUCUGAUGGAUUAAUUGUUGAGCUUCUGGGUGAACCAUCUGUAGUGGCUCUUUUCAGAAUGCAGCGGAUACUCCCUCUUAGUUUGGUCUUCCCACCUGCCUAUUCGAUAUUUGCUUUUGUGAUGUGGAGGCCAUUCAUCUUUAGCACGGGCAUUGUAACCCGUGAAGACAUCCAUCACUUGCAUCAAUCUUUAGCAUCAGCAAUAGGUGAUGCCAUAAGGCACCUGCCUUUUCGAGAUGUGUGCCUGAGAGACACCUGUGGUUUUUAUGAUCUUGUGGUUGUGGAUGCCACUGAUUAUGAAUUUGCUGCAGUGCUAGAAUUGAAUGGCCCAGAAAUGCAUUCGGGAGCAAUGACCUUUGUUCCUCUUCGUGCAAGGCUUUUUCUGAAUGCCAUCAUUGAUUGUGAGUUGCCACAAUCAAUUUUUGCACAGGAUGAUACAAAGUUCUUGGGGCACAGUGGGCCAGGAGUUCAGCAUACAGAAAAUGUUUUAAAGCUUCGAGACAAGUCAGUACAUGUUUUAGAUAUGCUGCAACCUGCAAAGUUCCAUUGGCAGUGGCUUGAGCUCAGGCUUCUUCUAAAUGAGCAGGCCCUGAUUGAAAAACUUGUGUCCAAUGAUUGCCCCUUGGCGGAGGCUAUACGUAUUACUUGCCAUAAUCCUGAUAAAGCAGCUGCUUCUGAUACUGAAAGCAAUUUUGUUGAAAUCAUCCUCACAAGGCUGCUAGUCAGGCCUGAUGCUUCCCCUCUUUUUUCAGAGCUCAUACAUCUUCUUGGUAGAUCGCUUGAAGAUUCUAUGCUAUUGCAAGCUAAAUGGUUCCUUGGAGGUGCUGAUGUUCUUUUUGGGCGUAAAUCCGUUAGGCAUCGUCUUAUUAAUAUUGCUGAGAAUAAACGCAUGUCAACUAAGCCCGAGUUUCAGAAGCCAUGGGGAUGGUGUUAUCCCAAUUCAGAUGCCAUGACAAGUAGGGGUGAAAAAUUGAAGGUUGAAGCCAACUUUCUUGAAGAAGGAGAGGUUGUUGAUGAAGGAACAGACUCAAAAAGGUCAGGUAGAGGAUCCAAUCAAGAGUUAGACACUGAAGGCUUUAGUGCCUGUCAACAAUAUGUAACUGAGAGGGCUCUAAUUGAAUUAGUUCUCUCUUGCAUUGAUCGAAGCUCCGAAGACUCACGCAAUUCUUUUGCAAGUGAUUUGAUCAAGCAGUUGAGCAAUAUAGAGCAACAGAUAAAUACUACUCGAGGAGCAAGUAAGCAGAGUGGGGCCAUUAAUUCUGGAAUUGAAGGUACUGGGACUAAAAGCAAUAACCGCAAAGGUAUGAGGGGGGGCAGUCCUGGAUUAACUCGGCGACCAACAGGAUCUUCUGAUACCGUGCCACCUUCCUCUAUAGCCUUGAGAGCUUCCAUGUCAUUGCGCUUGCAGUUUAUCCUCAGAUUGCUACCAAUCAUUUGUGCUGAUGGGGAGCCUUCAGUCCGUAACAUGAGGCACAUGCUUGCCACAAAAAUAAUUCGUCUCCUUGGAAGUAGGGUUGUACAUGAGGAUGUGGACCAAUCUUUUUCUACUAUGCUAAGUUCUUCCACAACAAAGGACACAGAAUUGCCAAUGGAACCGUUCGGUGCUUCUUCUGUUCAUUUGUCUGGUGAAAGUCUCUUUGAUCGAUUAUUGUUAGUGCUUCAUGGGUUGUUGAGCAGCUACCGUCCAAGUUGGCUAAAGUCAAAGAAGGACUUCUCUGUGUUUGAUCGUGAAGUGGCAGAUAGUUUGCAGAAUGAAUUGGAUCGCAUGCACCUGCCUCACUCAAUUCGGUUGCGUAUCCAAGCUGCAAUGCCUAUUCCUUUCCCUUCUUCCAGGUAUUCCAUCUCUUGCCAGCCACCAUCUGUCUCCCCAGCUGCACUUGCCUCACUUAUACCCAGUAUUCCAGUAUCCGGGUCUCAUCCCGGAAAUUCAAACUUGCCUCCAAGGAAUCCAGUUUCUUUAGCACGAACUGGUACUACUGUAGCUGGGAAGACCAAGUCUCUGCCAUUACAGCAGGAUAGUGAUAUGGAAAUAGACCCGUGGACGCUCUUGGAAGACGGAGCUGGAUCAGGCCCAUCUACGUCUAGCACUGCUGGAAUUGGUAGUGGCGACAAUGUUGAUCUAAGAGCAUGCAGCUGGCUCAAGGGGGCAGUGAGGGUGAGACGCACCGACCUCACAUACAUUGGUGUUGUGGAUGAUGACAGCUGAUUAUAGAUUGACUGACUUCAUUAUUAUCUUUCCCAAAUGACCGAUACAUGCCUCCCCCUAAAGCAGGUAACUGAUGUUAUUUGCCUUGUGCGCCAUUAGUCUGAAGAUUAUGAUAUGGUUGUAAUUUUAUUGCUGGCGGCAAAUGGAGCUUUUGGGAGAGAUUCUUUAUUGACUUUUUAUUUUGGGGAGUGGGAGGGUAAUGGUGGUUUAGGAAAGAGAUGAUAGUCUCCAGCAUUUGCCCCUAAAAGUAGGCCUUAUGGAGCGCAUGCUGACUGCUAACCCUUGAAUCUUUCCCUGGACCAUACGGUUACCUGGUUCGGUUGGGAGAUCUGUUGUACAUAGAUGAUUGUUUUAAUGGAGCCAAGUAAAAUAUCAAGAAUGAGCUUUAGAUUGUUUCGAUUGAGGCAAGUAUAAUUAUCCCAAGAAUGGACUUUUUUACUUGUUUUGAGCUCAUCAAUAUCUUGUUACAUUUUGCCGAUUCAGUUGAUUCAGUUGACUUAAGAAUUAUUUUUUUGAAUUCUGUCUCUCUCUCUGGAAACUAGUUGAGUGGCGGAUUUUGACACACAUUUAGACUUAUUUGGUUUUUUUUAAUAGGUUUGUGUACUUAAGAUUUGUGGUUCUUAAGUUGUAAUUUGCAAUUUUGUUGGUGAAAGUGAAACUAACUAAUUGCCAUUUA